AUGUGGUCUCAUGCUAAACCCCGCAACACGCGUCCCCACAAAGCGAAGCGCGGUUUGAGUGAGCGAGAGGCCACGACCGAACUGAAGGCCAGUUCUAACCACAUUCGGUCCUCCAUGAACUCCGCUUCUGGUCCCAGUGUGUUCACCUGUAUGCCUGCUGCGGUAGGAACUAAGAAGCAGUCCCUUGCCAACGCAAAGUGCUUAUCAGUUGGCAUCAUUUGCAGUCUCAAGAUUUGA